AGAUAUUUAUCAACAACGAAUGGCAUGAAUCCAAGAGUGGAAAAAAGUUUGCCACAUACAACCCUUCAACUCUAGAGAAAAUAUGUGAAGUGGAAGAAGGAGAUAAGCCCGACGUGGACAAGGCUGUGGAGGCUGCACAGGCCGCCUUCCAGAGGGGCUCACCAUGGCGCCGGCUGGAUGCCCUGAGCCGUGGGCAGCUGCUGCACCAGCUGGCCGACCUGGUCGAGAGGGACCGUGCCACCCUGGCUAUGAAAAUGUCGUGUGCUUCACCAGGCACGAGCCCAUCGGUGUGUGUGGAGCCAUCACUCCAUGGAACUUCCCCCUGCUGAUGCUGGUGUGGAAGCUGGCUCCCGCCCUCUGCUGUGGGAACACCGUGGUCCUGAAGCCGGCGGAGCAGACACCCCUCACCGCCCUUUACCUCGGCUCUCUGAUCAAAGAGGUUGGGUUCCCUCCAGGUGUGGUGAACAUCGUGCCAGGAUUUGGACCCACAGUGGGAGCAGCAAUUUCUUCCCACCCUCAGAUCAACAAGAUAGCCUUCACCGGGUCCACAGAGGUUGGAAAGCUGGUUAAGGAAGCAGCCUCCCGGAGCAAUCUGAAGAGGGUGACACUGGAGCUCGGGGGGAAGAAUCCGUGCAUCGUGUGUGCUGACGCCGACCUGGACUUGGCAGUGGAGUGUGCCCAUCAGGGAGUGUUCUUCAACCAAGGCCAGUGCUGCACAGCCGCCUCCAGGGUGUUUGUGGAAGAGCAGGUCUACGCUGAGUUUGUCAGGCGGAGCGUGGAAUAUGCCAAGAAGCGGCCUGUGGGAGACCCCUUCGAUGUCAGAACGGAGCAGGGACCCCAGAUUGACCAAAAGCAGUUUGACAAAAUCCUCGAGCUGAUCGAGAGUGGGAAGAAGGAAGGAGCCAAGCUGGAAUAUGGGGGCUCGGCCAUGGAAGACAGGGGGCUCUUCAUCAAACCCACUGUCUUCUCAGAAGUUACCGACAACAUGCGGAUUGCCAAAGAGGAGAUUUUUGGACCAGUGCAACCGAUACUAAAGUUCAAAAACAUCGAAGAAGUAAUAAAAAGAGCAAAUAACACUGACUAUGGACUCACAGCUGCCGUGUUCACAAAAAACCUGGACAAAGCCCUGAAGCUGGCUUCUGCGUUAGAGUCUGGUACUGUCUGGAUCAACUGCUACAAUGCCAUCUACGCUCAGGCUCCAUUUGGUGGCUUUAAGAUGUCGGGAAACGGCAGAGAACUAGGUGAAUAUGCUUUGGCCGAAUACACAGAGGUGAAAACUGUCACCAUCAAACUCGGUGACAAGAAUCCCUGAAGGAAAGGCGGGCUCCUUCCUCAGAUGCUGGACAGCUGAAUGUGGCAGACCAAACUUGCCGAAGGAAAAAAACCACAUAUCUGACCUUCCCGGGGCACUUUCUUCUGGAGGCUUUAAGUCUACUGGAGUUGAAUGAUUUCUGUUUUCUUCUCAUGCUCAUGGUUAUUGACCAAACUGUGGAUGCCCAUAUGUUGUGUGCAAAAUUGCAGUCCUGCCUGGAGAGGGAGCUGUUGGCCAUUUCUGUUUUACCCUUUAGACCAGGUCCAGAGACAGUGAAGAUACUCAGGGCGUUGUUAAGAGGAGGUGGUAGUUGAAGUGUCCAACAGUUGCUUAAAAAUGCUUUGCUGAAUCUGACUC